AUGCCCAACCGUCACUAUCGCAAGCUCGCCUUUACACUCGCCCUCGCCUUGAUUCAAAUUUCAAAGCAGGCACUGGACUGGGAUGCACAAGAGGACGAGUGUUCCCACUUCCUCGUGCGACAGGAAUGGAGAUCGCUCAGCCAAGCCCACAAAGCAGAGUAUAUCGCCGCAGUCAAGUGUACCCAAAGUCUCCCCGCGAGAAGUGGUUUCGAGGCAGCACAAACGCGUUUUGACGAUUUUCAGGCGGUUCACAUCAACGUCGCUGAUGAAAUUCACAUUGUGGGCCAUUUUUUACCAUGGCAUCGCCGUUUCAUAAAAAUCCACGAGACAACGCUUCGGGAGGAAUGUGGGUACAGAGGGGCAAUACCAUAUUGGGAUUGGACGCUCGACGCCGAUAGCCUUGACUCUAUCAGUGAAUCGCCCAUCUUCGACCCCGUCCAUGGAUUUGGUGGUGACGGCGUCCCGGGCACCUACAUUCUUCCCAAUGACCCUGAUGGCACGUCCGAGCUUUUUCCCGAGACGUUUGUCGGCUGCGUGCAGGACGGUCCUUUUGCUUCUCACAAACUUCACAUUGGCCCAGGAAAACUGAGUACGGAUCAUUGCCUUGUACGAGGGCUCAACGACACAUACAAGGGUUUCCUAACAUCAGAGGCGGUCGCUCAAACCAUGGAACAACCUACUUUUGAGCUGUUCCGUGUGCAGCUCGAAGGAGGAGGGUCGAAUCCGUAUCCCGCUCAACAUGGAUCUGGUCAUCUCAUCGUAGGGGGUGAUAUGGGAAAUUUGUUUUCGAGUCCUGGUGACCCGCUCUUCCACCUCCACCAUGCAAAUCUGGAUAGGCUUUGGUGGCAAUGGCAAGAGAAGGAUCUACCGACACGCUUCCUCGACAUCUCUGGUCGCUUGCAUGCCAACAGUCCCAGAUUAACACAGGUUACCUUGAAUUAUCGGCUUGACUUCCAUACGCUGGCUCCUCCAAUGUCAGUUCGGGAUACGAUGGACAUUCAGAAACCUCCCUUUUGUUACGCCUAUGUCUAA